AUGCCAAGUAUAGAUUUAAGAUCACCAUCUUUUUUAGAGAGAUAUCAAUUAUGUAGAGUUGAAAGAAAGUAUUACCCCAAUUUUAAUGUUACGGUGAAAUAUCCACAAUUUGAAAAGUUAAAUAAACAAGAAAUAUCAACACUUUUAUCACAUGCCAUAAGUAAAGUCAUUCACAAUCAUCCUAUUCUUGGUUGCAAUUAUUUCGAACUUAAUAAUUCAGAAGAUGAUUUUAAAAAUUAUACAAUCAGAUCAAUUGAUAUUAAAUUUAAUGAUUUAGUUUCAGUUCAACAAGGUGAGAUUGAUGAAGAAUAUUUUACAAAAUUAAAUGAUAUUUAUUUUGAGAUCAACACAUCCAAGCCAUUAUGGUCUUUGAUAAUUUGUCAAGAUUAUUUGACUAUAGUAUGCAGCCAUAUUUUUUUUGAUGGUAAUAGUGGUUGUUUUUUUCAUCAAGAUUUGAUGGAAGAAUUGAAUUCGAUAAAAGGAUUAGAUAAUUUGAAAGAGAAAGAAUAUGUCUCAAAAGCGAAUGAGAUUACUCUGGUUCCUCCAGCUGUAGUUGAUUCUAGCAAUUUGUUUUCCUUACCAAUAAUACCAACUUUUAAAAAUUUGUUUCAUCAUUAUAUACCGUGGUUUAAAGAAACAACUAAAUAUCCAUUAUUCAAAACAAAGCCAAUAGCAGUAAAUCAGAUCUUAAAUAAUAAGUUUAAAAUUUACAGAAUCAAUAUAGAAAAACUUACAAAAUUAUUGGAUUACGUUAGGUCACAUCAAUUAACGCUAACACCAUUUUUAGUGUCAAUUGCUUUUAAAAUCUUAUCAAAAUAUUACCCUAAUACAGCAUUCGAUGUAACUAUUCCAUUAAACGGAAGAAAAUACGAUCAAUCGUUAGACAAAUAUCAAGGAUGUGUAGCUGAAUCAGUCAUAGCAUUAGAUCCACCAUUUGAUCAUAUUGAAACAACCAAAAAAAUAUCAACAAAACUCACUCAAGAUUUAAAAUCAAGAAAUCCUUUUUAUCAAGUUGCAUUAUUAAAAUUAGUUAAUAUUGAUGAAUUUUUUAAAAAUCGUAUAGGAUCAUAUGGAAGACAUACAAUAGAAAUAAGUAAUGUUGGUAAAUUACCAUUUCAAGAUUGUUAUUUUAAUCAAGGUUGUGGAUUUGGUUCACAUUUACAAUUGAAUGUUGUAAGUGAUUUAAAUGGUAUGAAUAUUAUUUUUGGAUGUAUCGAAGAAAUUGAAGAAUAUUUUUAUCAAAUAGUGGAGGAUUAUGAAAAAGAGAUUGAUGAAAUUAUUUCUAAUUUGUAA